GUACAGAUGGAGGGCCGCACCCUCCAUGGAUGAAUGGGCCUGCCCCAGAUGGGGCACAGAUUAGGGUGCAAAGACCCUGUGGCUGCGAGUAAGUUUCGGCCCGGGUCCCUUCUCCCUGUGACUUACGCGGCCAUCCGGGUCUCUGGUCCCUCAGACGGCAGAUCCGUCGGGAUGACCCUGAACGGCAGUGGCGCCCGGGGCACAGGCGGGAGCCGCGCGGGCACAGACCGCGAGCGACGUCGGGGCAGCACCCCUUGGGGCGCGGCGCCCCUGAUGCACCGCCGCAGCAUGCCCGUGGAUGACCGCGACCUGCAGGCGGCGCUGACUCCUGGCGUCAGGGGUGCGGGCUUGGCUGGCUCCAGCAGUGCGACCCAGGGUGCCAGGCUGGACUGGGCAGAAGGCUCUUCGGAUUCGCUCAGCUCAGGAGGCAGCAGCUCCGAGGAGAGCAUAUACAAAGUGCUGCUGCUGGGGGCCUCUGGCGUGGGCAAGAGCGCCCUAGCGCGCAUCUUUGGUGGUGUAGAGGACGGCCCUGAAGCAGAGGCUGCAGGUAAGGGGACAGGCUGUUCAGGGCAGGGAAAAAUCUCACGAUUACUAGGAAGGAAGGAAAGGAGUGUAGUGAGGCUAGGAGCUGGACUGAAUGGGCAACACCACGGUAUUCCAAAUGCACUUUCAGAAUCAUGCCUCUGCCUUCCCAUUUCAAGAUGGGGAAACUCAGAGUCACCUUGGGGCCAGGCAGCAGGGAGGCAGGGAGCACUGGAGUGGACCCCAGGACACUGCUAUCUUGGGGACCCGUGGGAAGGUCAGGCCCACCAUGCCCUGCGCUCCCCAGCCCCCAGCAGAAGCAUCACUUAUGGUGUAUGACAUUUGGGAGCAGGAUGGAAGCCGAUGGUUGCCUGGCCACUGCAUGGCCAUGGGGGAUGCAUAUGUCAUCGUGUACUCAGUAACUGACAAGGCCAGCUUUGAGAAGGCUUCAGAACUUCGGGUCCAGCUGCGGCGGGCACGGCAGACAGAUGACAUCCCCAUCAUCCUAGUGGGCAACAAGAGUGAUCUGGUGCGCUCCCGUGAAGUCUCUGUGGAUGAGGGCCGGGCCUGCGCCGUGGUUUUUGACUGCAAGUUCAUCGAGACAUCAGCAGCAUUGCACCACAACGUCCAGGCACUGUUUGAAGGUGUCGUUCGCCAGAUACGCCUGCGCAGGGACAGCAAAGAGGCCAAUGCCCGGCGGCAAGCUGGUACCCGGCGGCGGGAGAGCCUUGGUAAGAAGGCGAAGCGCUUCCUGGGCCGCAUCGUAGCACGCAACAGCCGCAAGAUGGCCUUUCGAGCCAAGUCCAAGUCCUGCCAUGACCUCUCAGUUCUCUAAGCCCUUCACUGUGGUAGGCAGAGGGAUGGAUGGGCUGGUGGGCUGGUCCAGCCAACCACCCUCAGUGCCUCUGGACUGGCUGAGCAUCUACACAUCUUGGAGCUGCCCAAUGGGCCUCCCCCACCUAAUGGUCAUGGACAGACAGUGCUGCACAGGCAGGCAGCUCCCAGUGGCCAGUGAGGGCUGGGUCCCCAGGGAUGCAUGUGCAGGCCCAUGUGCAUCCAAGCAGCAGCCGGGGCCCAGCUUGCGGAGUAGGCCUGCACGUGGGGACUGCUUUCCUCUGCACCCAGCUGUGCAUGCCCUGGAGUCUGGAGGAAGGCUGUUCAGUGCACUUGCUAUUUGUUUACAUACAGAUUUUUGUAAUAAAGACUAUUUCUUGACAUGU